AAGAAAAAAAAAGAAAAGAAGACAGAAAUAACUCUUAAGAUCUAACAACCAAACACAAACGCAAACACAGAACACAAACAUACACUCUCUCUCUGUUUGCAAUCAAUCAGAUUCAUAUCUUUCUGCUACUGCGAACUUGGAAGACAUACACAUACACAAAGUAUGGCUCUGGAAGUGGUUGGUGGAGCUCUCCUGUCUGCUUCCCUUCAGCUGCUGUUUGAUAGGAUGGCUUCAAAGCAGGUGGUUGACUACGUUCGUGAAAAGAAUGUGGAUUAUGGGCUGCUGAACAAGUUGAGGAUCAAAUUAUCGUCCCUUGAUAAAGUGUUGGAUGAUGCUGAGAAGAAGCAAAUUUCUGACCCAGCUGUGAGGAAAUGGAUGAAUGAGCUCAAAAACACAAUCUACAAUACGGAGGACUUGGUGUACGAGAUCAACACCGAAGCUUUACGAUGCGAGAUAGAAGGUAAACCUCCUCAUCUACUCAGCUUCUUCUCUACUAGAUCCUAUGCUAAGCAAAUGAACCAAAGGAUAGCCAAGAUCCUUGACGAACUAGAAUAUAUUGUGCAACAAAAGGAUCUGAUUGGUUUGAAAGAAGUAGGCCGUGUUGAAAACAAAUCUUCACCUAGAGUUUCAAUAAUAGUACCUCCUUUGGAAGACGAAUCUGGUAUUUAUGGUAGGAAUGCUGAUAAAGAGGCCAUUGUUAAUUUGUUGCUAUCGGAUGCUGAUACUGGUAGUAAGAUUUCUGUAAUUCCCGUUGUGGGCAUGGGUGGGCUGGGCAAGACCACCCUUGCUAAGCUCGUUUACAAUGAUUUCAGAGUAAACAAUUUAUUUGACAUCAAAAUGUGGAUUACAGUAUCUGAUGAGUUUGAUGUUUUUAUGUUGACAAAAACAAUUCUCGAAAAGGUCACUUCUCGAACAUGCUCUAUGAAGGACCAAUACGACCUGCAACUUAGGUUGAAGGAGGUUUUGGAAGGCAAAAAGUUUCUCCUGGUUCUUGACGAUGUUUGGAAUGAGAAUUAUGACCGCUGGUAUGCAUUGAAGAGUCCACUUGAAUUUGCUGCGUUUGGAAGUAAGAUUAUUGUGACCACACGUAGCGACAGUAUUGGAUCAAUGAUGGGCAAUGUUACAAAUCAUCGUCUUCAAGUAAUAUCAGAUGAAGAUAGCUGGAAAUUAUUUGCAAAACACGUAUUCAGUAAUAAUAAUGUGGAGCCAAGUAAAUAUUCAGAUAUGGAAGCGAUUGGUAAAAGAAUUGUUGAAAAAUGCCAAGGUCUUCCCUUAGCAAUAAUUUCACUUGGUGGUCUUUUGCGCUCCAAACUCAAUUUCGAGGAGUGGGAAAAUAUACUAAAGAAUGAUAUAUGGGAGUUGAUUGAUGAAAAGAAGUGUGACAUUCUUCCAGCUCUAUGGUUGAGCUAUUACUAUUUGCCUCCGCAUCUAAAACGAUGCUUCGUUUAUUGUUCAAUUUUUCCCAAAGAUCAUGAAUUUAUGAAAAAAGAUUUAAUUUUAUUGUGGAUGGCUGAAGAUCUUCUGCAACCACAAAAAAAUAAGACUCUAGAAGAAAUUGGAGAUCAAUAUUUUCAUGAUCUAGUGUCAAGGUCAUUCUUUCAAUGCAAUAAUUGUUCUUUAACCAAUUAUUACGGUUAUAUUUAUUAUACCAUGCAUGAUCUUGUGAAUGAUUUGGCUAGUUUUAUCUCAAAAGACUUCUGUUUGAGGUUGGAUGACAAUGACUUCAAAGUUCUUUCAAAUAAUGUUCGGCAUUUAUCAUGUAUGAGAUAUGAAUAUAGAAUCGAGGAUCUACGGGCUUCUUUUGAAAAUAAAUUAUUGCGCACUUUUCUACCAGAGCCAUCGUUGGGAGAGUUAAAUAAACUGCUCUUUGUAGAUUUUGAACGAUUGCAGACAAUGCAAUGCUUAAGAGUGCUUCGCUUGUGUGGCCUUGUAAAAUUGCACUACUUGCCCGACUCUAUUGGGAAUUUAAAGCUUCUAAGGUAUUUGGAUUUAUCUUGGAAUGAUAUUGGAGCAAUACCUGAUACAAUUUGUACUUUGUACAACUUGCAGACCUUAAUAUUGAGAAGUUGUUCCAAAGUUAGAUGUUUGCCUAAUUCAAUUGGCAAUUUAAAAAGUCUAAGGCACUUGGACUUGUCUUCUACUGGUGUUAGACAGUUACCUGAGACGAUAUGCAAUAUGCCUGAUUUGCAUACAUUGUCAUUGAGGUAUUGUGAGAGCCUUAGUCGCUUACCAAACAAUAUCGCAAGACUGACCAACUUGCGCCACAUCAACAUUGAGGGGACUGAUCUAGAAGAGAUGCCACCUCAAAUGUCUGCGUUGAAAUCUCUUGAAAAAGUAAGUUAUUUUACUGUAGGCAAAGAUAGUGGAUCAAGUAUUCAAGAGUUAGAAAAGCUUUCAAAUCUGCGUGGUAGUCUUGGCAUCAAAAGGCUAGAGAAUAUUGUGAACGUUGAGGAUGUUUCAGUGGCAAAUUUGAAGUACCUUACUAGACUGAGUUUGGAGUGGGAAAAUGAUGUUGAUGAUUCACAUAAAGCAAAAACGAUAUUAGAAAGACUUGAACCUCAAAUAAAUGUGGAAGAAUUAGCAAUUGCAAAUUAUGGAGGUACAAGCUUUCCCAACUGGGUAGGACGUGAUUUGUUUUGUCGAUUGGGAAAAAUGGAGCUAAAGAAUUGUAGAAAUUGUUGUUUGUUGCUGCCACUUGGACAGCUUCCCUCUCUCAAAGAGCUGCUCUUGGAAGGGUUUGAUAUGGUGGAGAGGAUAGGGCAUGAAUUUUACUGUGGCGGUUCUUCUUCUAAUUCAAUGACUAGGCCAUUUAAAUCGUUAGAAGUUUUAAAAUUUGCAGAUAUGUCAAGUUGGGAAGAGUGGUUGCCGAUGGAAGGUGAGGAAGAAGAUGGAGCUUUCCCUAAACUUAGACGGCUUGAAUUAAGAAAUUGUCCGAAGCUAAGUGCAGCCUACUUGCCUGAUUAUCUUCCAUCCGUAAAUACUCUUGGAAUCUCGGGAUGCAAAAAGCUGCUGGCUUCACUCCAAGGUGAUCAACUUCCAACGCUCGAGGUGUUGGAAUUAGGUGGAUGUCGACAAGUAGAGUCAUUUCCGGAAGGGAGAUUGCCCUCUAAUAUCCAUACAAUCCACAUUGCCUUUUGCCGAAAACUGGUCUCACUUUUGGAAGAGGGAUGGCCUUCGAAUUUAAAAUCACUUUCAAUUUACGGAUGCGAUAAGCUAUUUAAUGUCAAUACGCAGUGGAAUCUGGGAAUGCUUACCUCUCUUACAUCUUUAAAAUUCGCCUCCCUAGGUGAAGCGCUGGAUUCAUUUUUGAAGGAAGGGCAACUUCCCACCACCCUCACUUCUCUCAUUCUAUUUUCUAAUUUCAAGCUUAAAUCCCUACAUAGCAAGGCCUUUCGAAGUCUAACCUCCCUUAAAAAAUUGAAAAUUUGUAUGUGCACUAAUCUCCAGUGCUUGCCAGAAGAAGGUAUGCCAGCUUCUCUUCAAAAGUUGUCGAUCGAGAGUUGUCCUUUGGUAGCUCAACGCUGCCAGAGAGAGAUAGGGGAAGAUUGGCCCAAGAUCGCUCACAUCCCUUGUAUUCGGAUAGCUGACGAAGUUAUAUUUGAUGAUAUGUUGUAAUUAUACAGAGAUGUCCAUCUUCUACAAAAUUGUUCAGAGACAGGGCUACCUUGACGUUUGGGAAUUUCAUCCUGCAAUCUGUUGCUGUGCUUUUCAGAAGUACUUCUUUCCGCAUCUUUUUCUUAUCUGACUGUCCAUUUACAACAUGUCCUCUUAACAUGGCAAGGAAUUGAGAAUAUUCUUCAGCUUCCUAUUAUUCAGGACCAGAACUGUCUGAUAAGAUGCUACAUAUAUUUAGAUCAGCAGAUUAGUGACCUUGGUAUUUGUGGUUAUGUGGGAAAUCCAUGGAAUACCUAAAAUCUUAAUUGGAGCCUCUAUGGGAACAAGUAGAAAUCAAAUGCAUUUGGAAAUUGAAAACUGUUUAUGUGAAGAUGGAAACAAAAUGCAUUCAAAAAUGUCUUCAUGUGAAAAACUCUUCCUUUGCAGAUUCUUCCUUUGCGUUGGAUAUCUAGAUUGUGCUAAGAGGAAAAAGCUGAUCAAAUUCCUCUUGCCAUUUGGAAAGCUUGGACAAGUUUAUAUAUACCAUGUUUGCAAGCAGCCAUUCUUUGUUGUAUACAGUUGUGUAGUCUGUUGUGCAGAGUAAAGAUAUUUUUUUUUAAUAUAUCAAAAUUAUUAUUUUUGAUAUAUUUUGACUUUCUAAAAUUUUUGUCUACGAAUAUCGAAAUUCAGUUCUAUCAACUGUUCAUAAAUCAAAGGAUUGUGAACUUUAAUAAUAUUUUCAAAUUAGCAAAGUUCUCUUUUUUGAGCA